UUGCCUGUCAUGGUGGCUUUGGUUAAGUGUUCUUAGCUGGUGGGAUCUGUCAAGGCCAACGUCAUGUCAGAGAACAGGCGGCAGUUCUGGAGGAGAAGUGCCAAAGUACCGGGAAGUAUAUUGCCUGUAUAUGGUGCCCAGCAACCACCACUGGAUAAGAGUUUUCUCUUUAAUCAUUCACGGACGCACAUACAUCAUUCUAAAAAUCGGAAAGCCUCCAGCUUCCAUGAAUUUGCAAGGAAUACAAGCGAUGCAUGGGACAUUAAUGAUGAUGAUGAAAGCGUAGAGGUUUUGCACUCCAUGUCAUAUGAACCUAAAAUAACUGAUGGUAAUGUGGUAGAUAUCGUGGCAUCUCACUGUCGACUACAGGAAGAAAACUCCAACCAGUCUGUUACAAAGUCUGCCAGUGAAGACCAACUGCACAGAGUCACUGCAGAUCCCACUUUAAUGAGGAAGCCACUACAAAAACUGCAGCCGCAUCCUUUCCGGCCUAUUAUUCCACUUAUUGCUAGAAUUUCUGAUCAGAAUGCUUCCGGAGCGCCGUCCAUGAACGUAAGGGAAAAGACGCGUCUUGAAAAAUUCAGACAGCUGCUUUCCAGUGUGAACACUGACCUUGAUGAAUUAAGGAAGUAUAGCUGGCCUGGAAUUCCUCGAGAUGUUCGACCAAUCACAUGGAGACUUUUGUCGGGAUAUCUCCCUGCCAAUAAGGAAAGACAACAACAAACACUCCAGAGGAAACGUGCUGAGUAUUUUGGUUUUAUAGAACAGUAUUAUGAUUCCCGUAAUGAAGAGCAUAAUCAAGAUACAUAUCGACAGAUUCACAUUGACAUCCCACGGACAAAUCCUCUAAUUCCACUUUUCCAGCAGCCUUCAGUUCAAGAGAUCUUUGAGAGAAUCUUGUUUAUCUGGGCAAUCCGCCACCCAGCAAGUGGAUAUGUACAGGGAAUCAAUGAUCUGGUUACACCAUUCUUUGUGGUUUUUCUGUCGGAACACGUAGAAGACGAUGUAGAAAACUUUGACGUGAACAGCCUUUCUUCUGAUAUACUAAGGAACAUUGAGGCGGACAGCUUUUGGUCAAUCGGCAAACUGCUAGAUGGUAUUCAGGAUAACUACACAUUUGCUCAGCCUGGAAUUCAAAAAAAUGUAAAGGCAUUGGAAGAACUUGUGGGCAGAAUUGACAGUGAGGUACAUCAUCAUCUCCAGAAAUAUGAAGUUGAAUAUCUGCAGUUUGCUUUUCGUUGGAUGAACAACUUGCUAAUGAGGGAACUCCCUUUAAGAUGCACUAUACGGCUUUGGGACACUUAUCAGGCAGAGCCUGAAGGAUUUUCCCAUUUUCAUCUUUAUGUUUGUGCUGCAUUUUUAAUUAAAUGGAGGAAAGAAAUUCUUGAUGAAGACGAUUUUCAGGGUCUACUGAUGCUCCUCCAGAAUUUGCCCACCAUCCACUGGGGCAAUGAGGAAAUCGGCCUCUUACUUGCAGAAGCAUACAGACUCAAAUAUAUGUUUGCAGAUGCUCCAAGUCAUUAUCGUCGGUGAAAACUGUGAUUGCUUUGUACUCCAAAACAUGUUGACCGAAGAAAGGAGUGUACUUUUUUGCUUCAGUGCCUCUUAUUUAACUCAUCACUCACUCAUGUGGACUUUUCUAAGCAUUUGUGUACAAGUGCAUUUUGUCUCUUUUUGCCUGAAGACUAAUGACUGAAAUGAUCUGAUUUAUUUGUAUAUUAGAAAUAUUUGUAUGUAUAUGAAUAGAAAUUAUAUAAUUAAGUUGUAUUUGUUAAAAUUUGAGUGUUUUCUUGUGCAAAAUAUAUUCACUCCAGUAAAAAAAAUUUGCUAAAUACAGAAUGAU